UUGGGCUCCAGGCGUCCUUGCAGGGCCGCGCUGGCCGCGCUCGACAUGUGCCAGUGGCUCAGCGGCCUGGGGCUCGCCUCCCUGGCCCUCUAUGGAGCGCUGUGCUGGUCUCUGGCCGGCGAGCUCGACGAGGUCGGGCUGAUCUGCGAGGCCAGCGCGAUGUUCAAAAGCUCGCCCACGACCUUCGUGCUUGCGACGGACAGCGCUUUCUGGCAGUACGUCGAAGCCUGCGAGAGCGUUCUACCAGAGCUGGAUGAGGCCAUGCGGAUCCACCUGAGAUACGCCCGCAAGGCUGGCAUCCUGGAGCUGGUCGUCAGCGACGUGUACCGGCUGCAGAAGCCACUCCCAGAGGCGAAGAGCUCGCAGGAGUGCGGCAGCACCCGGCGCAAGAUGGCGCUGGAGGAGCUCCGCCCGCAGGACAAGGGCGCCUACGAGCGGGCGGAGUUGAAGCCGCUCCUGGUGCCGAGCGUGCCGGCCAACCUCGCGGCCGAGGCGUUCCGCCACGCUGAGGCCGUGCAGACGCACGUCACGGUUGAAGGACAACCUUUAUGCAACUUCUUGGUGGUGCUUGUUUUCGUGGUCGACCUGGCCUGGGCUUCGACCUGUCGAAGAGGGUGGAGUGUGCUGGCCAGGCAGGAGCAGACGUUGGCCAGUGGUACAGGUGAAGCUCAGCUUCUCGCAGAGGUCGUGAAGUUCGACGCGAGGCGGACGCUGCCCUUCGAGCUGUUCGGUAUGACUUGGGAACGGUUGCACGAGAUGCACAGCAACGUCACAGGCGACGUGCCCGUCCUGCUCAACCACGGCUUCGAGGAGAAGGGGGCCAGGAGAUGCUGGGAGUGGAUGCGCUACUACACGGCGGUGUCGCCAGAGUGGGGCGCCAGGUCAAUACGGUCCUACUUCGCGCGUUUGGUUGUCCACCCGGUCAUGCUGUGGUUUUCAUGCCCCAGCUCGAGUACAGGCAGAACCACUUUCUUUAGCAUUUUUUUUCUCCUCCUGUCCUGCUGCUUCUCAUCCCCCGUCCUUCUCAUCAUGCUCCUCCGAGUCUUCCUGCUCCUCUUCCACCGCUUGCUCCCCCCCUCCUCUUUGUGCUCCUUCUGGUCGUCCUACUCUACGUCCUCCUGAUCCUCCUUUUCCCUCCUGCGCGCAACUCCUCCCCGUCGAACCACCAGACGCGUCGCUGGGGCGGGCUGGGCGCUUCGCCCGAGACGUCGCCACCGUCCAUGGCAUUCGAGCCCGAAGGUUCCAGCAGCUGCACCAUGGAGGGGCCUUAUCGGAGCUGGGCUCUCGCCUCGGUGCCGCGCGCGCCCGCCUCGCACACCCCCAGCGAUGGCACGGAGGGAGGGCGGACCGUCUGCGAAGCGAGGCUCCCGACUGGGUGCCGCGCCCGCCCGCCUUCACAGCACGAGCGGAGCGCGGGCCGCCUCCAGAAGGG